AUGGCCGUGGGCCCCGCCACCGCCAAGCAUCGGCCUAAUAAUAAAAGCUAUACGGAUAAGGAGAAAGCUAGGACGAGUGUUGCGCCCGUUGAUUCUCAACGGGGCCAAGCCAUAAACGACUGCAUCGACUUCAUAAAUUCUUCGUCAUCUUUGCCUAGGUCCAAUUUACUCUGUUGCUUGUUAGAUAAUCGAUCUCUUGUUCGUGCGAAUAUUGAAGCCGCGCAAAAUUUUCAACCGCCCGCGCUUUCUCAAAUGUCAAACUCAUCAGCUUCACUGGCGCAGCAAAUUUCCCUCUUUCGCACGCGAAUUCAGAAUCGAAGUUUUGACGAUGUGACGCUGCGGAUUUUGGAAUCGAUCCUGGCCUCGGAUGACGCGCGAUCUCUGAAUGGAGUCGAGUCGGCCUUGAAACAGACGAUGAGAGAUGAAUCUCUUCUCGUUCUUGGAGAAAUUGCAAUGGAGGCGGUCGAGAUUAAGCUUUUGUGCGUCGAUUUUCUGGUUCGCGUGUUUGCGAUUAUUGGUGACGUCGAGAGUUGCUUGGUCUUGAGAUAUGAGGCAUUGGUUAUGCGAGAAGAAAAGGCUACCAGUCACCCUGGGCUUCAGGUUUCUUCCAAAGAAUGGCUCAAUUUUGUCGAGAGCUCUCUUGAAAAUGGAUUCCAUUCCAUUGCACAUCAUGCAUGUGAAAAGGCUAUUAUAUCUUGUGGAACAAACCAUGUGUCUCAUGCCAAAAUGGACGAUAUACUUCAUGAUGGACAUGUUGUCAAGAAAAUCAGGAGAUUAAAGGAUGUUGCUCAGCUUGCAAUUUCCUCACAAUCUGUCGAGGCACAAGCACAAGCGCACCUAAAGCAGAAAGAAGAUGAGAAGAGCACACUGCAAGUAGCCCCCACUCUUGAAGCUAAAAGUACAGGAAGCUCUCAGUUUAGAACUGGGAUCUUGAAGCAUAAUUUGCGAAAAUUCCAUGCUUACCGAUGUUCAUGAGAGAUUACCUAAUGAAGGCAAGAGUCGACAGAGGUUCUACUGACCCUUCAACUUUUUCAUUUUCUUUCAUCUUCCGCCGGUUGCUUUGUUCAUUUUUCUCUCAUGGUCCUGGAAUUUUAGUUAGCUAAGAUUCUAGGCUUGCAGUACAUUCCUCUUGGUUUAAUUUUUAGAAGGAUUGCAAAUUCCUCUUAGUUUAAUUUUUAGAAGGAAUUAAAGCGUAUUGGCAAAGGCGUGAAUACAACAUAAGGUUUGUGUUCUGGUGCAACUUUGUCUCCCAACUUUACAUAAGGAUGGUGUUCUUGUGCACCAUUGUCUCUUAAUUUUUGUUUCUUCUUUGGGAGCAUGAAUUCACUAAAUUUGACUUUUGGAGGGGUAAAAUAGAUCAAAUUUAGAGUCAAAUUUAGCUUGAUGGCAAUAGAUAUUAUCCAACUUGCAAGAAGAACGUUGUUGUACCCAGUACAUCGUGAACAAGAAUCUUGGACUUGUAGAUCAAGAUCAAGGGCUUCGAAACAUGGAAUAGGCAAAUUUUAGCUGUUUAAG